UAUUCCACAUCACACCACAUGAUGUAAUGGAAGUAAAUGUCAUUAAACAUUUGGAUAAAAGAAUGAAGCUUGAUUUCUGGAAACCUAAAUCAUCUCAUGAUAUUAUCCCAAAAUCCAGUGUGUACUUUCGUGCUAAUGCAGAACAUUCAGAAGCCAUUGUGAGUCUAUUAAACAAGAAAGGCAUUAAAUACAAGGUUGUUAUCAAUAACUUACAAGAAGCUGUUGAAAACCAGUUUAGGAAACAAGGUAAAUAUAAGAGGGGCUUGCCACGGUACCAUGAAUGGAAAGAGAUUGCAGUCUGGGCUUAUUCCAUUUCAUUAAAUCACCCAAAUUUGGCCUCCUUGGUUACAAUUGGACACACAUUUGAGGGAAAUCCCAUGCAUGUUUUAAAGAUUGGAAACCCAAAAUCAGCCAAAAAUUCAGUGUUUCUGGAGUGUGGAAUUCAUGCUAGAGAAUGGAUUAGUCCAGCUUUCUGCCAGUGGUUUGUGAAUGAGGCAGUUGAAACAUAUGGACAAAAUGAAGUCAUGACUAAGCUCUUGGAUAAUCUCAUAUUCCAUGUUUUGCCUGUAUUUAAUAUUGAUGGUUAUAUUUUUACCUGGACAAGUAAUCGGUUUUGGAGAAAGAAUCGUGCCCCAACUCCUGAGGAGAAUUGUUUUGGCAUUGACCUCAACAGGAAGUUCAAUUCUUCAUGGAAAAACACCGGGUCCUAUGGUAAUCCAUGCUUUCAAAUCUAUUCUGGAACUGGCCCAGAGUCUGCACCAGAGACCAAAGCAGUCAGUACAUACAUUCGUGAACAUCUUUCCAUUAUGAAGGCGUACCUCAGUUUCCAUUCAUUCUCACAGUUGCUCAUGUAUCCCUACGCAUAUACAAAGGAAUUAGCACCAGAUCAUGAGGAACUGGACAAGAUAGCAAAGGCUGCUGUUGAGUCCCUGGAAAGACUUUAUAACACCAGCUACAAAUAUGGAUCCAUUGCUACUACACUGUACGCAGCUUAUGGCUCAUCAAUUGACUGGACAUAUGAUCAAGGAAUUAAAUACUCGUAUGUCUUUGAACUGCGUGAUGAUGGGGAAUAUGGUUUUCUGCUUCCUGAAUAUGACAUUGAACCAACCUGCAGAGAGACCAUGCUGGCUGUAAAACAAAUUGCCAGCUAUCUCAUUGAUCUGGACACUUAGUAAAGACUUGUCUCAAACAUAUCGCUGUCUAUUGUUCAUGACUGAACUCAUGCUUCAACUGAAGAUUUCUUUUGCUUACAUUAAACAUUU